AUGGUCAGAAUAGCGCUUGUAAUGUUGGCUGUGUUCGUGAUCUCCUGUUUGGCCGCUCCAGGAGAACGAGUAAGAAGACAUGGCUAUGACUUCACCCAUGGGGGCUACGGCGGUGGCUACGGUGGGGGUUACGGCCACAAUGGACACGGUGGCCACGGCUUCGGAGGUCACAUCCCCAUCUCACAGUCCUUCUCCAAGUCCUCAGCCAGUGCCAGUUCCAGUUCUGGAGGGCACAGGAUGGCUGAUGCCAUCGGAUGUCACGGUCUGUCCAAACGUCAUGAUUUCGGUGACACGCCGUGA